AUGAACUUGUCGCUCCUGAUCACCGGCGAGCUGCCUGCGGACGCGCAUCCCGGUGCGAGAAAUGCUUGCGGCUUGUACCGACGGCAGGGCCACUUGGUCAACGGUAAGCCGGCCUUCAUGAAGGACGGGCAACUCUUGUCGUCGACGGGCGAGGCGAUGGCCAUGUGGUUUCAUGACGAUGGAAAUGGACAAAAGUCAUGGCUGGUCGGCAAGCACACCAACCUCGGAAACGACGACGCCUACUUGGAGCUGCGCUGCAGCGACGAUGAGCCGGCGCAGACCGAUUGCAUCGAAUGGCUGGCGGCCAACCUGGACGACGAGACGUGGAUGGCGGCUCCGCAGCUGCGGCAUUACGCGAUCGUCAAGCCAGGCGGCGUGGAGCCGGACGUGGUGGUUGUGGAGGAGCGAACACGCAAGCAGCGCGACGCGGAGGGCCGCAAGCGCGCCAUCGACGUCGACAGCGCGGACUCGCGCAAGCGCGCACGCUCGGCGCUCGACCUGCGGGUGGCCAAGGCCAGGUCGCUCCGUGCGUCCGUCGUCGACGCACGGUACAAGGCGCUCCUCCAACCAUCCGUGAACGACUGGGCCGAUGAUAAGAUUGACGACGUGGUGCUGAGCAAGCGCAAGGCGACAGCGCGCGAAGCGGCGAAUUCGGAGGACGCGCCGCUGAGGGCGCUCGAAUCCGCAUAUGCCGGCUUCACCGCGGCGAUCGAGAGGUCACGUCAGGCCGUCGACGCGGCGCGGCUGGCCGUGCAGCAGGCCGAGCACGCAGAGGACGCAGCCGAGGUAACGCUUGAGACGGCGCUGCGCGCCAUUGAGCCCGAGGCCGAGGCGGCUGUCGCGGGCCCGUCGGGCGCGGUGAAGCGCGAAGGAGCCGCCGGAUAG